CAGCCUCUGGUGCCGGGAGGCGAAGAGCGGCUGGUUGCGUUAAUUCCCCUUCGCAGCCUUCCCGGGUGUCGCUAAUGGCUACCACGUCUAGAUCGGUUGAAUGACGUACUUUGUGCCUUUCUGCUGUCUCAGUCCUAUGUACGUCUAGAAAAAGAGAGAGAAAUGGAGCAGAGCACGUGGGAAGGAAAACUGGGGAGAAGGCACGGGGGAGCAGGUCCCCAAAACAGCAGUGCGUAUGCAGACAUCUGCCGUCCAAAGACCAGAACGCUCUGUUAAAUCAUCCUUGUCUUGCUUAGUAUUAACACUGCAGUUAACCACGGAUUCCACCAAGACAGUUAUUACUCCAAAGGAAUUACAAGAAAAAAUGCUGAGAAGUCUGAAAGGACUCGUCUACCAUCCUCUAAAGUUGUACCACGGGUACGCCCUCCAUACAGCAGCCAAGGAUUGCUUAAGUUCCGUUGUCAACCAGGAUGCCCAAACACUGGCAGAAAGACCAAGAGCAAUUUUCUAUACCAGCGAGAACAACCCGGCCAACCACGCGGAACACCACGAGGGUCGCCAUUAUAGCAUUCCGCUUGAGGAGGUGAAGGCUGUGUUUCCACAUGGACUGCCCUACCGCUUCCAGCUGCAGAUUAAGACCUUCAAUGAAGCCUGCCUGAUGGUGCGAAAACCAGCUCUAGAACUUUUCACUUACCUGAAAAACUCCAACUUCGCACACCCAGCUGUCAGAUACGUGAUCUGUAUCUUUUAUCUCUUACUUGAUGGUAGAAUGCAAAUUAAAUGCAAGGAGGAGAAAUUGAAGAGGUUUUUUUGGAGACUUUCCUUGACAGUUCGUGUUGGAGAUGGUGAGAAAGGAACAGGGAAAACCAUGACUCUGUGUCACGUGGUUCAUUACUGCACAAGGCAAGGCUGGCUGGUGCUGCACAUCCCAGACGCUCAUCUCUGGGUGAAAAACUGCAGGGAGCUUAUGCAGUCUUCCUAUAACAAAGAACGGCUUGAUCAGCCUUUGCAAGCAUCUUUCUGGCUCAAGAACUUCAAAACCUCAAAUGAGCGCUUCCUAAAAGAGAUAAAAACACAAAAAAAAUAUGUGUGGGGCAAACGAGAAAGCACAGAGGAGGGCAGACCAUUGGGUGAAGUGGUGGAGCAGGGUUUGGCUCGCGUGAGAAAUGCCAGUGAUGCUGUGGGGGUUGUGCUGAAAGAGAUAAAGCAGCAAUGUCAGCUUGGCUCGUUCCGACUUCUCGUGGCAGUGGACGGCGUCAAUGCUCUCUGGGGAAGGACUACGUUAAAGAAGGAAGACAAAAGCCCCGUUUCUCCAGAGGAGCUGACGCUUGUGUACAACCUAAGGAAGAUGAUGAGGAAUGACUGGCACGGCGGUGCCGUGGUGACCACCCUCAGCCAGACCGGCUCUCUCUUCAGACCCAGUUCUGCCUACUUGCCCCAGGAGCUGCUGGGAAAGGAGGGGUUCGACGCGCUGGACCCCUUCGUCCCGGUCCCGGUCCCCAACUACAGCCCGCGGGAGUUCGAGAGCUGCUACCGCUACUACCUCGACCGCAAGUGGCUGCAGCACGAGAAGGCACACACGGAGGACGGCAAGGAGGAGCUGCGGUUCCUGAGCGGCUCCAACCCGCGGCAGCUGGAGCGGCUGUCGGCGCCCCUGUAGCGCAAUAAAGGCCGGAGCGCCAG